UCCGCCGCCAGUCACCUUUUACCAGCAGAGAGGGGAGGAAGUAUCGAUCAGGGGAUUUAACGAAAAUCAAUCUGAAGAGACAACGUCAAAGAACUGAAGUGGUAAAUCGAGGUCUGCGGGGACUAUCCGCUGCUUUUUUUUGGAAGAAACUCAACGCGCGGGGAAAUGCUCACGAGCUCGCGGAAGUUUGUGUUUACUGGUUAGCUGGUUGGCCCUGUUAGCUUGUUAGCGAGGAAGGUGCGCGCUGUUCAACGUUUACAACUAACUUAACGGGCAAGUUAGAUAUGUUUCUGGUUAUAAGAACGGUUUGGUAGAUGUUUGCUGGUUUGGCAGACUCUUGAAACGGACGUGCGGGUCGCGAUCUCUGAAUCUUGUGGUGUCACACACAAACAAAACAGACACAUAAAAGACAGAAAACGCACAUUAAACCAGCAUCUUCCAGGUUUAGAUCUGCUCCGUCGUUGCAGCUACGGAUGAUCUCUAGGUUUGCAGCAUUGGAUCUGGGACUUGUCAUCCUCUUCGGACCUAGUUCUUCGGCCGUGAUGGGCCCCCUGUUCAGCUAGUACGACGCGUGGAAACAAUCCCUCUAACCAUGGGAGGAUGUGUGGGGAGAUACUGGGAAGGCUGGGAGGACACACAGAGCCGAGGCUCGUCCAGGAAUGGUGGACGAGGAGGACGUAAUGAGCCUCUGAAGAAAGAGCGUCCCAAGUGGAAGAGCGAUUAUCCGAUGACAGAGGGCCAGCUCCGGAGCAAACGGGACGAGUUCUGGGACACUGCGCCGGCCUUCGAGGGCCGUAAGGAGAUCUGGGAUGCCCUAAAAGCUGCGGCCGUAGCCUUGGAGUGUAACGACCACGAGCUGGCCCAGGCGAUAGUGGAUGGAGCCAGUAUCACACUGCCACAUGGUACUCUUGCAGAGUGUUAUGACGAACUCGGGAACCGCUACCAGCUUCCCGUCUACUGCCUGGCUCCACCUGUCAACCUCAUCUCAGAGCGCAAUGACGACGACCCCGGCGACAGCCCCGAACCUCCUGUCGCGCCCAAGAAGGAAUUCCAGCUCAAGGUACGACUUUCCACGGGCACAGACCUACGCCUCAGUGCCAGCAUGGCGGACACCAUAGGGCUUCUGAAGAAGCAGCUGCAGGCUCAGGAGGACAUCGACGCCGCCCACCAGCGCUGGUUCUUCUCUGGGAAGCUGCUUACGGACAAGACACGGCUGCAGGACACUAAGAUCCAGAAGGACUUUGUCAUCCAGGUCAUCGUCAACCCGCAGGCCCUCCGAGGCUCUAAGCUGUCACCCACCAACACUGCGUCCCCGCCAUUGUCUGAAUAACAAAGGACACAGAGGACAGAUGGAGGGGAGACAGUUAAGGACCAGAGGUGCCUCACAUUGCUGGAUAACUUAUGCUGGUAUUGAAAUCGUACUGUGGAGGUACAAUUGUGGAGCAAAAACAUGAGGGAGGAACUCAAAAGUGCUGCUUUCUUUCAUGUACCACGUCAUUGUAUUUUUUGGGGGGUCUGUUCCUUCACACUAACUCUGGACAUCCUUGUCUUCUCUUGUAAAGCAGAACUCGUCAUGCUGAUGUGCAGCCCUUUCAACCACAUACAAAACGUGCACAUCCCGUUGCACACGCAGACUCCACCUCUGCCCUUAUAUCUGCACCAAUGCUAACUAAGUGCCAAUGGAGGAAAUGCAGAGGUGUUGGAUCUAAAGCACAUUUCUACUCUGAACGCCCGUGGACUCUCCUUUUUCUCCUUCACAGAGACAGGAGGCGAAGGCAGAGAAGGAGAUACAGAACUUUUUCUUUCUUUUAUUGAGGAAAUAAUGUAAGCUUUUUUGCACAUUUGAAGAUAAUUACUAUACUUGUGGUAGUUUGUGUGCCUUCUACAAGAUGAAACAAAAAAAAGGGGUUAAUGUCCAGCUAGUUUUACCACUAGGAAAAGCCUUCUGUAUUUUUUUAGAUUCAGGAAGAUCAAUCCAAGCUAUACUUGCUGCCUUUUUUUUAAUGAUUUCAUGACAUUUAAUGUGUGAGUGUGUGUGUGUGUGUGUGUGUGUGUGUGUGUGUGUGUGUUUGGGCAAAAGGAAUAAAUAUGUGGCCGGUAUGAUACAUUUCAGUAGCUCACAGGCACAAGACUGUUUCCCUGGUCAUAGCUUUGCAGUCAAUCAUAUCAUAUUAGCGAAAGAGAAAUUCCCAUGCAAAAAAUGUUGGUCCUAAAAUCUGCAUUAUUGACCACUUAAUGACCCCCAGACCACUAGGGGGCAGCAGCACAGCCCUGAUGUAGUCAGUUCAGUUGCUUAGGGCUUGUUGUCCCUUUUUCUCAGCACCUGAUGAAUGUAAAUCCAGUAUUCAUUUGCCUUUUUAUGCUUGAUGUGGUCCAAAAACUUCAAGUAUCUGUCACAUUUGUUUGCUUGAUGUUUGACUUUCUUUACCAGCAACCGGCUUGUUUGAAUUUGUUUGCCAGAAAUGUUUGCUUAUGUAUUUCAUGCAUAGACUGUAUAAAAGAACUGGACGUAUGCAGAAGUGCUUUAAACCUGCAUUCUUGCUAAUGGCCAGCAGGGGGCAACUCCACUGGUAUUAAAAAGUCAAAUUGUCAAAAA